GGCGCGGGUCACGUGGGGGGCGACGUUUCGCGCCAAUUUCGGUUGGUCCGCCACAGCCCGCCGCGCGGACGGUCUGUGCUUCCCGUGAGCAAGACUAUCGAGCCCGCCAACUGCUGCCGCCUGGCCCUCGGCAGCGAUGGCGCUUAAGGACUACGCGCUCGAGAAAGAGAAGGUUAAGAAGUUUCUGCAGGAGUUUUACCAGGAUGAAGAGUUGGGGAAGAAGAAGUUCAAAUAUGGGGACCAGUUGGUUCGCCUGGCUCAUCGGGAACAAGUGGCAAUGUACGUGGACCUGGAUGACGUCGCCGAGGACGACCCUGAGCUGGUGGACUCCAUUUGCGAGAACGCCAAGCGCUACGCGCGGCUCUUUGCUGACGCCGUGCAGGAGCUGCUGCCUCAGUACAAGGAUCGGGAGGUAGUAAAUAAAGAUGUCCUGGAUGUUUACAUUGAGCACCGGCUGAUGAUGGAGCAGCGGAGCCGGGACCCUGGAGCUGCCCGAAGCCCCCAGAACCAGUACCCUCCUGAGCUCAUGCGCAGAUUUGAGUUGUAUUUUCAAGGCCCGAGCAGCAACAAGCCUCGUGUGAUCCGGGAAGUACGGGCCGACUCUGUGGGUAAAUUGGUGACCGUGCGCGGAAUCGUCACUCGUGUCUCUGAAGUCAAACCCAGGAUGGUGGUGGCCACUUACACCUGUGACCAGUGUGGGGCAGAGACCUACCAGCCAAUCCAGUCUCCCACUUUCAUGCCUCUGAUCAUGUGCCCGAGCCAGGAAUGCCAGACCAACCGCUCAGGCGGGCGGCUGUAUCUGCAGACACGCGGCUCCAAGUUCAUCAAGUUCCAGGAAAUGAAAAUGCAGGAACAUAGCGACCAAGUGCCUGUGGGAAAUAUCCCACGGAGCAUCACGGUGCUGGUGGAAGGGGAGAACACAAGGAUUGCCCAGCCUGGAGACCACGUCAGUGUCACGGGCAUCUUCCUGCCACUCCUGCGCACUGGGUUCCAUCAGGUGGUCCAGGGUUUACUCUCGGAGACGUACCUAGAGGCCCAUCGAAUCGUGAAGAUGAACAAGAGUGAGGAUGACGAGGCUGGGGCUGGGGAGCUGAGCAGGGAGGAGCUGAGGCAGAUUGCAGAGGAGGAUUUCUAUGAAAAGCUGGCAGCGUCUAUCGCCCCAGAGAUUUACGGGCACGAAGAUGUCAAGAAGGCACUGUUGCUUCUGCUGGUGGGAGGUGUGGACCAGUCUCCUCGAGGAAUGAAGAUCAGGGGCAACAUCAACAUCUGCCUGAUGGGGGACCCCGGGGUGGCCAAGUCGCAGCUCCUGUCUUACAUCGACCGCCUGGCCCCCCGCAGCCAGUACACAACAGGCCGCGGCUCUUCGGGAGUGGGGCUCACGGCAGCCGUGCUGCGAGACUCUGUGAGCGGGGAGCUGACCCUAGAGGGCGGGGCCCUCGUGCUGGCCGACCAGGGCGUGUGCUGCAUCGAUGAGUUUGACAAGAUGGCGGAGGCCGACCGCACGGCCAUCCACGAGGUCAUGGAGCAGCAGACCAUCUCCAUCGCCAAGGCGGGCAUCCUCACCACACUCAAUGCCCGCUGCUCCAUCCUGGCUGCUGCCAACCCUGCCUACGGGCGCUACAACCCCCGCCGCAGUCUGGAGCAGAACAUCCAGCUCCCCGCUGCGCUGCUCUCCCGAUUCGAUCUUCUCUGGCUGAUCCAGGACCGGCCCGACCGAGACAACGACCUCCGGUUGGCCCAGCACAUCACCUAUGUGCACCAGCACAGCCGGCAGCCCCCCGCCCAAUUCGAACCUUUGGACAUGAAGCUUAUGAGACGCUACAUAGCCAUGUGCCGUGAGAAGCAGCCCACAGUGCCAGAGUCCCUGGCAGACUACAUCACAGCAGCAUACGUGGAGAUGAGGCGAGAGGCCUGGGCCAGUAAGGAUGCCACAUACACUUCCGCCCGGACACUGCUGGCCAUUCUCCGACUUUCCACUGCUCUGGCACGUCUGAGAAUGGUGGACACAGUGGAGAAGGAAGAUGUGAAUGAAGCCAUAAGGCUCAUGGAGAUGUCCAAGGACUCACUUCUGGGCGACAAGGGGCAGACAGCCAGGACACAGAGGCCAGCAGAUGUGAUAUUUGCCACUGUCCGCGAGUUGGUCUCGGGGGCCCGGAGCGUCCGGUUUUCUGAGGCAGAGCAGCGCUGCAUAUCCCGUGGCUUCACACCUGCCCAAUUCCAAGCAGCUCUGGACGAGUAUGAGGAGUUGAAUGUCUGGCAGGUCAAUGCUUCCCGGACACGGAUCACUUUUGUCUGAUUCCAACCUGCUUGAGACCUUGGGGACCCACUGUGCUCGCCGCUCACCUGCCGCCUUUGCAGGUGUAACCCAGCUCCGGAGGGGUGGGAGGAGCCCUCUUCCUGUGCUGCACUUGCUUGUUUUGCUACUUUUGUUAAUAUAAUAAAGUGUGUAGAUUGCUGCCUUGUA